AUAAACUAAUAUUUUUUGAUAAGCAGAUGAGUAAAAAAUUAAGUAAUCAUAUUAUUACUUAAAACUAGUUAGUAGUUAAAACAUUGUAACACCAUUUUAACAUAAACUUUUUUUAGAGUAUUUGCUUCUGAAGAUGAAAUGAGCUGCCCCGAAUGUUUCAAAGUCUUCAAAACUAGACGCCAUCUGUACUGUCACACGAGACAGGUACACCUUCGUCACAACCCGCUGCCCGUACUGUGCAAAGUAUGCCAAAUGUCUUUCCAAACCAAGCAUUUGAUGAAAGAGCACAUGCGGCUCACUCAUAUGGACGAACAGGGGUUCUACAAAUGUGACCUUUGCGGCAAAUCGUAUUCGGUACUAUUGAAGUUGUGCAAUCACAUUGAGAGGAUCCAUCAGAAGAUCAGGAAAUACAUCUGCGACGAAUGCGACAAGGGCUUCAACGGAAACAAAGACCUUGAGGAGCAUUACAGGGUGGAACAUGGCGGUUUCCGGUACACCUGCGAGCAUUGCAAGAAAGAGUUCAAGAAUAAGUAUGCUCAUCGGGAUCACGUCCAGCAACAUGAAGCUCCGAAGGAAUUCAGAUGCAACAUAUGCAAUAAGUCGCUGUCAGCUCGCGCGGCGCUGCAUACUCACAGAUUAGUUCAUAAAGAUGAGCUUGACAUUUGCAAUGUUUGUGGAAAGGGCGUGAAGUGUAUGAAGUCGCAUAUGCUGAGCCAUGCUGAAAAGAAACAGCACGAGUGCGAGUUCUGCCAGAAGAAAUUCGCGUGGCGCACGAGCCUUGUCGUGCACAUGCGCACUCACACCGGCGAAAAACCGUACGCGUGCGAAUUCUGCGACAAGACGUUCGCACAGAGGCCGGCGAUCAUCGCGCAUAGGAGGCACCACACCGGGGAAAGGCCGUACCAGUGCCAGGUGUGCCAGAAGCACUUCGUUACUAGUACUGUUAGGAAAGGGCACAAAUGCAAGGGGCCUAGCGAUUAGGCGCGCGAGAUGGCAACAGAGGAAGAUGCCCAAAACCGGCACCCGUUAAGUUAUCGAUACAGUAUACGUGAAAAGUUCCUCAAGAUAAUUUGUGAAUUAAUAAUGGUAUAAAAAAACUCCUGAGAUUGUUAGAGUGGUGACCUAGGUCAUGACCUUUAAGGUCAUUUGAAGGUGAAAUCGUUUUUUUGAAGGAAGCUAAUAAAUAAUGAAAAAAAUCUUACGUCCAAAUAUGGUCUGGACCAUAUUUAAAAUUUUGACCUUAGGAGGUCAUAGUCAAGGUCAAACCCAGGUACUGUGUCUUGAAAACUAGUAGUCGUAUAAUAAUAAUUGAUGAAUAUAUAAUUAUGACCUUGGAUGUGACCUUAACCUGACCUUGACCUACAAGGUCAUGUGAAGGUCAAGUAGAUUUUUGUAGCCAGGAAACAAUCCUGAAAGAACAGUGUAGUCGGUCGAUCAGAGUAUUACACAGUUUUCUGAAUUGUCAGGAAGGUAAGCUUGUGUUUGACCUUCAUGGUCAAGUCCAAGGUCAAGUUCUAAAAAUCGUCAUAUAUUGGAACAAAAAUUUUCUUUUUUAUCCAUUUUUGACCCGAUUUUGGCGGUCAAAAGUUUAGGGUCACAUUAAAAAAGUUGACCGAAGAAUCUUGAAGGUCAUGGUCAAGGUCAGAUCCAAAAUCGGGGCGAAAAUCGAGAAAAGGUGGAAUUUUAUGUUCGAAUAUACCCUAGAUCACUUUUAGAAAUCGACCUUGGACUUGACCAUCAAGGUCAAACACAAGCUCACCUUGAAAAUUCUUAACUGUGAUAGAUUGACUAGACUGUUAUAUCAGGAUUGUGCCCUGGCUACAAAAACCUACUUGACCUUUACAAGACCUUGAAGGUCAUUGAUAGUUAAGGUCAUAUCCAAGGUCAUUAUUGGAUAUCUGGGGAAAAUCAUGAAAAUAAUGUCUGUGUAGUUGCCGUAUACGACUCUACUGACUUUGAAGUUAUAUCACCGUACCUGGGUUUGACCUUGACCAUGACCUUCUAAAGUCAAAAUUUAAGAGUGAUCAAGACACACGUAAUAUUUUCCGCUCUUUUCAUUUACGGGUAAAAGAUUUAACAAAAUUGACUUGACCUUCAAAUGACCGCAGGGGGCCGCCUUAUGGGAGCGGUGCUCAUUCAGGGCAUUUUCCUCUACUAUUUACCAGGGUUGUCUAAAAACAAUUUUUCAAACCCUAAAUGCAAUAUGCUUUGACAUCUCAACACCAGUUAUUUAUUCUAAGAGUAUUAUAAUAGUUAAUAAAAAGGUAAUUAUAGGAUUUAAUGUGUAAUUCCGUAGUAUUUUGAUUUGACUUUUUGUGGAUUACUUCAAGCGUUUGUUGUUUUCCGGAAACGUUCUGAAUUGUGGAUCUAUAAGCAAAUCUCGAUUUUUGACAGGAAGUAUCUCACUUGUUAUAUACGUUUUGUCUAGCCCAAUAAGUUUGCUAUUUCAGCAGAACCUAACUCGCUUGUGCACCAGUAUUUAUUCCUAGUAUUUAUUCAUAAAUUAUUUCUAAGCGUCUUAUUUAUGUUUGAUUCAAUACGUAUGAAAACCAUUAGGUCAUCCAGUGGAACUACAUAUGAAUUUGAGGCAAGAUCAACUUUGUAAUUCUCUUGCUUAGUGUCGCUUCUAAUCAAUAAAGUAUUUUAUACCAGAA